AUGCUUGGGCGAUGUUUCGUCGCUUCGAACGUCACGGCACAUCCUGCGGUUGAGGAUGAGGUUGGGCGCUACUACUUUGCCACCCAGCCGCUGCCAUGCCAGGAGCACCUGGCUAAGCGGCAGUUGCCAGCGCUGCCAGGACCGAAGCUCGCUCCUGGCAGCUUGGAGAACGUGGCCCGGGCCGUGUGCGAACUGUACGGCUUUGCCCCCGAGCUACAUCGCUGGAUGACCUGCCAGCCCUCGCAGGUGACUGCAGUGGCGGACUACUGGCUUUCGCCCUUCGCAAUAGGCUACCACGGAUACAAGAAUCUUACGGACCUAUUGCAUGCUUACCGGAUUCUCUACCAAUCUGCUGGAUGCAAUUGGGCUCUGCCCUUCCGGCCAAAGGUGCUGCACGAGAGGACAGCCUGCACGAUAUCGAACUCCUACAAUGCCAACGACGAGGCGGUGGAGCCAGUGGAGACCUCGCGGAACUUCGAGUUCGACGAGGCACUGCUUCCGUUCACCAGAUGCUUUGCCGAUUUCAGUGAUGAGAUAGCUGCCUCUGCUUUGCCAAGAGAUCUUGGACUUCACGAUGAUGCCCUCAUCACGCCAAUCUCUCCAGUUUGGUGCGAUGUUUGCGGCCGAAUGCUCUUUGGUCUUAUGCAAGACUGUGUCCGGUGUGCAGAAUGUGGUCGUGUGGCGUGCAAGACUUGUGCCUUCACACGGAGUUGUGCCGUGAAGGAAAUUCGACAGUAUCUGGAAGCAGGUGCACAGCUACCUUUCCACCUUCAGGACCGCUGCGGCGAAGCCGUGAUGGUUUUGCCGGUGGUGAAGCGGCAUCCGUCCGUGCUCCGCUACGUUCCACAGGAGCUCUGGAGGGAUGAGACGUUCCUGCGCCAGUUCCUGGACCUGGGCGGGCAUGAUGCGGGCCUCCGACAAGCUGCCAAGCAGCAGCUCUCAGGGCUGGAGAAGCCGGACAAAGAUGAAAUCGCUGGUGCCGUGCUGGCGGUGCUGCGGCAGGGCUUUGAGUCCAGUGGCGUCGCUUUUGCCUUGGAGCUGCUCGCACAACUGGCAGAGAAAAGCCCUGCUGUCCUAGCUGUGGCGAAGGAGAGGCUGAACGAUGCAGAUGCUGUCGUUCGCGCAGCUGCUGUCUCUGCGGUUUCCCUCUUGGCCAGGAAGGAUGACAGAGCCUGCAGGAGUGUACCGCGGGAGCUUUUCCGACGCCUGGAAGACGAGAGCCAAGCCGUCCGAAGUGCCGCCAUCGAUGCCCUGCCGCAGCUGCAUGCAGAGGGGCGGCGGAAGCUGUCCGCUUUGACCCCGCGGCUGCAGGCGGAGAAAGCCAAGAAGCAGUUGGAGACUGAGCAUCUCAACCAGAUACCCAGCUUUCCCAUGAGCGGUGAUGCGCGGGAUCCCACGGAUGAGGAGGUUGAGAAGAAGGAGCCGGGCAGGGGCGGUCCCUCCCCGGCUGCAUCGAGCCGGGAGCGGCGCCUCAAAGGGGAGCUGGCAUUGGAGGAGCUGGCUCUGAAAGGGAGCUGCGUGAAGGACGGCGGGGUGGCCCAUGCCAUGCUCCUGGUGCCAAUGCGGAUGGAGCAGCGGCGGCUGCUGCCCGUGAGGGGCCUUCCUAGGCAGAUGGAGGCCAGACUGCGGGCAGCGGUGAGGGCAAGCUUCUGCUUGAAACCCCAGCGCUGGCACGGCUUUGCCUUGGAGCAGCGGAUGAUCCAACUCCAGGCGGAUCGACAGCUGGCCUUGGCAGCGGUGGAGAGGCGGGGCAUGGCCUUGCAGCAUGUACCGGCAGAGCUCCGAGACCGGGAGUUGGUUCUGACGGCCGUCCGGUCUCGACCGCGGGCCUUGGAGUUCGCACCUCCCCAGCUUCAAAGAGACAGAGAUGUUGUCCUGGCUGCCUUGACAGCGCCUGGGGGUCACAAGGCCUUGGGCUUUGCCGCAGCUUUCAACCAGGAUCAGGAAGUCCAGGCCACUGUCCAACAGGUGCAGGCGACGCUUGCAGAGACCAAGAAGCUAGCAGACGAGGGUCUUCAGUUGGAUCUGCGCGCAGAGCGGCCUUCCGAUCUGGCCUCCCCAGCAAACGCGGCCAUCCUUCAGAUCGUUCCGGACGAUAUGCUUUGCUUGCUGCACUUGUGA